GGCGCAAGCGCCAAGGCUCCGGCACUCGGCCUGCACGCCACUGCGCAUGUAUUUCAACUACAGGGCACCACACCCGUUGGUGUUCAGAUGGAGCAGCAUACUAGUCAUCCUACUAACAGAAAAGCCAAAGAGGGAGGUAAUGCUGUGCUUCUUUAUCGAGCCAAACCCUCCCCCAGCUUUAUUAAUCUUCAAGCAAGUUCCCCACCACCUACUUUCCUGAACAUCCAGGCAACAAAGCUGCCCUCAGGAACUGACCACAAGCCCAAGGAAUGCCCAGGACUCCUAGAAUGUAUUUAUGCCAAUCUCCAGCUUCAGACACAACUUGCCCAACAACAGAUGGAUAUUUUGGAAAAUUUACAAGCAUCUAUGACACAACUGGCUCCUGGGAAGAAAAGCAAGAACUCUUUUCUCCCAGCCUUAAAUCGCAAUCUGUUGUUAAAUCACCUGCCUUAAUUCAGUAAAUGAAUUGUGAAACAAA